GUGCCCAAUCAUGUGUAUCAGUUGGAGGAAUUAUGCCCAUUGUUGGUGUCAGUGGAAUGAAGAGUGCCCCAUCAUUGGUGUUAGUGGAAGUAAAAAUGCCCCAUUGUUGGUGUCAGUGGAAGGAAUUAGUGCCUCAUCAUUGGUUUCAGUGGAAGGAAAAAUGCCCCAUAGUUGGUGUCAGUGGGAGGAACAGUGCCCCAUAACUGGUGUGAAUGGAAGGGAAAAUGCCCCAUUACUGGUGUGAGUGGAAGGGAAAAAUGCCCCAUUACUGGUGUCAGUGGGAUGAAUAGUGUCCCACUGUUGAUGCCAGUGGAAGGAAUGUGCCCCAUCAUUGGUGUUAGUGGAAGGAAAAAUGCCCCAUUGUUGGUGUCAGUGGGAGGAAUAGUACCCCACUGUUGGUGUCAGUGGAAGGAA